CUUCGACAUCGCCAACACGAUGCAUCCCCGGACCUCGCCUUUUGGUCCGAAAUCCCAUCUCGUCAGCACAUAGCGCUCAGGACACCGGGUUCAACCAUGAGGAUCUCGCUGUGUACGAUCGGCCACCCGAUGUGGCACGUCCUGCCAUCCGGGCCCUUCAGCUGCUUUCGGCGAAUCAUGAUCCGGGCCCGGUCUGCUGCAAUCUUCUGCGCCGGCGUGCGUCCCGCUCGCGGCCCGAGCAUGCCGUCUUCUACGCAAACUGUCAACCUCGAGGCGGCCCUGCGUCACGUCUGCAGUCAGUGGGCGGCGCACAGCAACGUACCCGCCGAUAGUCGAUCGUAGUUCCUGUCGCGGCCUGGGGGAGCGGUCGCUGCAGGUGGAGAUGAUGCCCCCGGAUCUUUGGCUCCGCCAACCUCUUGCUCGCCUAGCUCGGGACGUGGGACCAGUCGCUCAUCCUCGGGGCGCUCGAAACCGUCGCGAACCUGAACGGAAGUCGAGCACCAAAAUGGUCAAGUCUCCCGUGGGCUGGCGCACUGGGAGGCAGUGCUCCUAUAUAGACCCAAAGCACUACGUGUAUAGCCUCCCGGGGGGUUUGCCAUCUCGACAUCAUGCCCGACUACACAAAGGCUACGAGCCUGGGCGAUACAUAACGGGACUUUGUCGCCCGCUGGCUCCAAGCUCCCGUACCGACCACACGCGCCACAAAGCCGCGGGCGUUUCUCUGCUAUGCCGGGUCCGGCCUCGGGAGCCACAUGCCCACGCUGCCGAGCUGGGUUCCCAACUUUAUACUUGGCUAAGUACGACUAUAGGCUGACCUGACCUGACACAGACGGCCGGCAGGUUUCUCACAUCACCAUCAACGGUUGCACGCUGGCUGUUACCAAUAUCAUUCUACAGUCCGUGGUGUUUGUCCAAGAAAGCCACCUUGGCGCCAUGAGGGCCACAGGUUCACUGCUUCCUUGCCGGUCGGGAUAUUCGACACGCAGCCCUACAUACGUCUCAAGAUGUACCGCCGUAAAAGCAUAUUUCUAGCUCGCUUUCCACCAAGGGAAAACGAACAAGGAUGUCCAUUGCGUAUUCGAACCGGUUCACAGUUUGCUACCUGACGUAAUCGUCUAUGCGAUGGAGCUUGGUCCACGCCCAGGAGCCGG